GAGUAAACAGCAGCCAUGUCAACAGACGCCGAGAUGGCCAUCUUUGGGGAGGCAGCUCCUUACCUCCGGAAGUCAGAGAAGGAGAGAAUCGAGGCUCAGAACAAGCCUUUCGAUGCCAAGUCAUCCGUCUUUGUGGUACAUGCAAAAGAAUCCUAUGUGAAAAGCACAAUCCAGAGCAGGGAAACAGGGAAGAUCACCGUCAAGACUGAAGGGGGAGAGACCCUGACCGUGAAGGAAGAUCAGAUCUUCUCCAUGAACCCUCCCAAGUAUGACAAAAUUGAGGACAUGGCCAUGAUGACCCACCUCCACGAACCCGCUGUGCUGUACAACCUCAAAGAGCGUUACGCAGCCUGGAUGAUCUACACCUACUCGGGUCUCUUCUGCGUCACUGUCAACCCCUACAAGUGGCUGCCCGUGUACAAUCCGGAGGUGGUGUUGGCCUACCGAGGCAAGAAGCGCCAGGAGGCCCCUCCACACAUCUUCUCCAUCUCUGACAACGCCUAUCAGUUCAUGCUGACUGAUCGGGAGAACCAGUCCAUCCUGAUCACCGGAGAAUCCGGUGCCGGGAAGACUGUGAACACAAAGCGUGUCAUCCAGUACUUUGCAACAAUUGCAGCCAGCGGGGACAAGAAGAAGGAGGAGCAGACAUCGGGCAAAAUGCAGGGGACACUUGAGGAUCAAAUCAUCAGUGCCAACCCACUGCUGGAGGCCUUUGGAAACGCCAAGACCGUGAGGAACGACAACUCCUCGCGCUUUGGUAAAUUCAUCAGAAUCCACUUUGGUGCCACAGGCAAACUGGCUUCUGCUGACAUUGAAACAUAUCUGCUGGAGAAGUCCAGAGUCACUUUCCAGCUCAAGGCAGAAAGAAGCUACCACAUCUUUUAUCAGAUCAUGUCCAACAAGAAGCCAGAGCUGAUUGAGAUGUUACUGAUCACCACCAACCCAUAUGACUAUCAGUACGUGAGUCAAGGUGAGAUCACUGUUCCCAGCAUUAACGACCAGGAAGAGCUGAUGGCCACGGAUAGUGCCAUUGACAUCCUGGGCUUCACUCCUGACGAGAAAACAGCCAUCUACAAGCUGACAGGGGCCGUCAUGCACUACGGGAACCUGAAGUUCAAGCAGAAGCAGCGUGAGGAGCAGGCAGAGCCUGAUGGCACUGAAGUUGCUGACAAGGCUGCCUACCUGAUGGGUCUGAAUUCAGCAGACCUGCUCAAAGCCCUCUGCUACCCCCGAGUCAAGGUGGGGAAUGAAUAUGUGACCAAGGGCCAAACAGUGCAGCAGGUGUACAAUUCAGUGGGUGCCCUGGCAAAGUCUGUGUUUGAGAAGAUGUUCCUGUGGAUGGUUGUUCGCAUCAACCAACAGCUGGACACGAAGCAGCCCAGGCAGUACUUCAUUGGUGUGCUGGACAUUGCUGGCUUCGAGAUCUUUGAUUUCAACAGCCUGGAGCAGUUGUGCAUCAACUUCACCAAUGAGAAACUGCAACAGUUCUUCAACCACCACAUGUUCGUGCUGGAGCAGGAGGAGUACAAGAAGGAGGGAAUAGAGUGGGAGUUCAUUGACUUUGGGAUGGACCUGGCUGCCUGCAUUGAGCUCAUUGAGAAGCCCAUGGGCAUCUUCUCCAUCCUGGAAGAGGAGUGCAUGUUCCCCAAGGCAACUGACACCUCUUUCAAGAACAAGCUCUAUGACCAGCACCUAGGCAAGUCCAACAACUUCCAGAAGCCCAAGCCUGCCAAAGGCAAGGCUGAGGCCCACUUCUCCCUGGUGCACUACGCUGGCACAGUGGACUACAACAUCACUGGGUGGCUGGAGAAGAACAAGGACCCCCUGAACGAAACGGUGGUGGGGCUGUAUCAGAAAUCAUCCCUGAAGACCCUGGCCUUACUCUUUGCCUCUGUUGGUGGGGCAGAAGCAGAGAGUGGUGGUGGUGGUGGCAAGAAGGGUGGCAAGAAGAAGGGUUCUUCUUUCCAGACCGUCUCAGCUCUUUUCCGGGAAAAUUUAAACAAGCUGAUGAGCAAUUUGCGAAGCACACAUCCCCAUUUUGUGCGAUGCCUUAUUCCUAAUGAAACAAAAACACCUGGUGCCAUGGAGCACGAGCUGGUGCUGCAUCAGCUGCGCUGUAACGGCGUGUUGGAAGGGAUCAGGAUUUGCAGGAAAGGAUUCCCCAGCAGAAUACUCUAUGCUGACUUCAAACAGAGGUAUAAGGUGCUUAAUGCCAGUGCCAUCCCAGAGGGACAGUUCAUCGACAGCAAGAAGGCUUCCGAGAAGCUCCUUGGCUCAAUCGAUGUGGACCACACCCAGUACAAAUUUGGACACACCAAGGUGUUCUUCAAAGCUGGGCUGCUGGGGCUCCUGGAGGAGAUGAGGGAUGAGAAGCUGGCACAGCUCAUCACCCGCACACAGGCCAUGUGCAGGGGUUACCUGAUGAGGGUGGAGUUCAAGAAAAUGAUGGAGAGGAGAGAGUCCAUCUUCUGCAUCCAGUACAAUGUUCGUUCCUUCAUGAAUGUCAAACACUGGCCCUGGAUGAAGCUGUUCUUCAAGAUCAAGCCCUUGCUGAAGAGUGCAGAGUCUGAGAAGGAGAUGGCCAACAUGAAGGAGGAGUUUGAGAAAACCAAGGAAGAGCUUGCAAAGUCUGAGGCAAAAAGGAAGGAACUGGAGGAGAAAAUGGCUUCUCUAAUGCAGGAGAAAAAUGAUCUGCAGCUCCAAGUGCAGGCGGAAGCUGAUGGUUUGGCUGAUGCUGAGGAAAGGUGUGACCAACUCAUCAAAACCAAAAUCCAGCUGGAAGCCAAAAUUAAAGAGGUGACUGAAAGAGCUGAGGAUGAGGAGGAAAUCAAUGCUGAGCUGACAGCCAAGAAGAGAAAACUGGAGGAUGAAUGUUCAGAGCUGAAGAAAGAUAUUGAUGACCUUGAGCUAACACUGGCCAAGGUGGAGAAGGAAAAACACGCCACUGAAAACAAGGUGAAAAACCUCACAGAGGAGAUGCAGAAGCUGGAGAAGGAGAAGAGCGAGCUCAAGAUGGAGAUUGAUGACUUGGCCAGUAACAUGGAGUCUGUCUCCAAAGCCAAGACAAACCUGGAGAAGAUGUGUCGCUCCCUAGAAGAUCAACUCAGUGAAAUUAAGACAAAGGAGGAGGAACAGCAGCGCACAAUUAAUGACAUUAGUGCUCAGAGAGCUCGGUUACAAACUGAAUCUGGUGAAUAUUUACGCCAGGUAGAGGAGAAAGAUGCUCUGAUUUCUCAGCUGUCAAGAGGCAAACAGGCUUUCACCCAACAGAUUGAGGAACUCAAGAGACACCUAGAGGAAGAGAUAAAGGCCAAGAAUGCCCUGGCCCACGCCCUGCAGUCCGCUCGCCACGACUGUGACUUGCUCCGGGAACAAUAUGAGGAGGAGCAGGAAGCCAAGGGGGAGCUGCAGCGCGCCCUGUCCAAGGCCAACAGCGAAGUGGCCCAGUGGAGAACCAAAUACGAGACGGACGCGAUUCAGCGUACAGAGGAGCUCGAGGAGGCCAAGUACGUGGGCAGGUUCCGCAAGAUCCAGCACGAGCUGGAGGAAGCUGAGGCCUCCCUGGAACAUGAAGAGGGGAAGAUCCUGCGCCUGCAGCUGGAGCUCAACCAGGUGAAGUCUGAGAUUGACAGGAAGAUAGCAGAGAAAGAUGAGGAGAUCGACCAGCUGAAGAGAAACCACCUCCGAGUCGUGGAGUCCAUGCAAAGCACCCUGGAUGCUGAGAUCAGGAGCAGGAAUGAAGCCCUGAGGCUAAAGAAGAAGAUGGAGGGAGACCUGAAUGAAAUAGAGAUCCAGCUUAGCCAUGCCAACCGCCAGGCUGCUGAGGCACAAAAGAACCUGAGAAACACGCAGGCUGUGCUCAAGGACACGCAGAUCCAUUUGGACGACGCUCUCAGGACCCAGGAUGACCUGAAGGAGCAGGUGGCCAUGGUGGAGCGCAGAGCAAACCUGCUGCAGGCUGAAGUUGAGGAGCUACGGGCAGCCCUGGAGCAGACGGAGCGGUCGAGGAAAGUGGCUGAGCAGGAACUGAUGGAUGCCACUGAACGUGUGCAGCUCCUCCAUACCCAGAACACCAGCUUGAUCAACACCAAGAAGAAGCUGGAGACAGACAUUUCUCAGAUUCAGAGCGAAAUGGAGGAUACGAUCCAGGAGGCCCGCAAUGCUGAAGAGAAGGCCAAGAAGGCCAUCACAGAUGCGGCCAUGAUGGCAGAAGAGCUGAAGAAGGAGCAGGACACCAGUGCCCACCUGGAGAGGAUGAAGAAGAACCUGGACCAGACAGUGAAGGACCUGCAGCACCGUCUGGAUGAGGCCGAGCAGUUGGCUCUGAAGGGAGGCAAGAAGCAAAUCCAGAAGCUGGAGGCCAGGGUGCGGGAGCUGGAAGGGGAGGUUGAUGCUGAGCAGAAGCGCAGCGCUGAAGCCGUGAAGGGUGUGCGCAAGUACGAGAGGAGGGUGAAGGAACUCACCUACCAGUCUGAGGAAGACCGGAAGAAUGUUCUCAGGCUGCAGGAUCUGGUGGACAAGCUGCAAAUGAAGGUGAAAGCCUACAAGAGACAAGCUGAAGAGGCUGAGGAGCUCUCCAAUGUCAACCUCUCCAAGUUCCGCAAGAUCCAGCAUGAGCUGGAGGAAGCCGAGGAACGGGCUGACAUUGCAGAGUCCCAGGUCAACAAGCUCCGAGUGAAGAGCCGGGAAAUUGGCAAGAGGGCAGAAAGUGAAGAGUAAAUGACGCCAGUGCUGUAAAGUGAGAGAAUUGCAAAAAUGUGACAUUCUAUCACUUUUAUUUUGUAAUCACUGCUUAGUCCUUCAUCAAUAUCUAGAUAAAUAAUGCCUAGAAAAUAAAAAUUGUAGAGCUUUUCCCAUUUAAA